AUCCGACACGACAACUCUCAAAUCACCUCCUCACCCCUCACAAAUCACAGCAAACAUGGCCGAUCGAGGUGGAGCAGCUGGUGCCGGAGGCGCCCGUGGUGGUGGAUUCGGAUCUCGCGGAGACCGUGGCGGUGGUGACCGUGGCCGUGGAGGACGUGGUCGCGGACGUGGACGUGGCCGUGGAGCGAAGAGCGACGAGAAGGAGUGGGCUCCCGUCACCAAGCUCGGCCGUCUCGUCAAGGCCGGCAAGAUCAAGAGCAUGGAAGAGAUCUACCUCCACUCUCUCCCCAUCAAGGAGUACCAGAUUGUGGACUUCUUCCUCCCAGGACUCAAGGACGAGGUCAUGAAGAUCAAGCCCGUUCAGAAGCAGACCCGUGCCGGUCAGCGCACUCGCUUUAAGGCUAUCGUCGUUAUUGGAGACAGCGCUGGUCACAUCGGUUUGGGCAUCAAGACCAGCAAGGAAGUCGCUACCGCCAUCCGCGCUGCGAUCAUCAUCGCCAAGCUCAGCGUUGUGCCAAUUCGUCGCGGAUACUGGGGCACCAACCUCGGUGACCCUCACUCCAUCCCCGUCAAGGAGUCUGGAAAGUGCGGUUCCGUCACCGUUCGUCUCAUCCCAGCGCCCCGUGGUACCGGUCUCGUCGCCUCCCCAGCUGUCAAGCGUCUGCUCCAGUUGGCCGGUGUCAGCGACAUCUACACCGCCUCGGCCGGUUCGACCAAGACCCUCGAGAACACCCUCAAGGCCACCUUUGUCGCCAUCACCAACACCUACGGCUUCCUCACUCCCAACUUGUGGAAGGAGACCAAGCUCAUCCGCAGCCCGCUCGAGGAGUACUCUGACGUUCUCCGCGAGGGCAAGCGCUACUAGAUGUUUCGUUGACAUUUCCGUAUUGACGAUGAUGAUCUGGUGGUGAUGGAUGAAUGAAGAUGUGGGAGAAGGAGGAAAAAAGUACUUUGCAGAUACAAGUUAGCUUCUUUCGUCUGAAGCAGGCGAUCGUUGUGCUUCAUGCAGCCACAAGAUGGAUUGCGAUCAAUGUAGCAUGGCUUGAGCCAAGACGAGAAUUCACAUGUGUCU